AUGGCGGAAAAUUUAACAUCCACGGACAUCCUGAAUCGACUAGCAUUACCGACGACUGAGAAGGUAACAGAAGAAUUUAGCUUAGCUGGAACUGUUCCUCAAUCAAUAAUUGGAACAGAAAUCAAGAAAACUAUUACUACACUAGGAUUGACUCCGAUUGAUUUUAGUAAGACAUUCUCAUCUGUCGAAUUUGAUUUUGAAGCGCUUAAAAACAGAUUUUCUGAAUACUGCAAAGGUUUUGGAGAGCCCUUGUCUAGCUCACAACCUAGCAGGGCAUUGGAAUUUGCUGCAAAAAUUCUGUUUGAAUAUGGUCCAUUUAUGAGAACAGAAAAGAAAAUCAAAGGUGACAAGGCCAUAAGGUUUAGGUUUCCAUACAAGAAGACAACUGAUUCUGGUGAAUAA